UGCAGAAUGAUGACCCACCAUAACCUCGACCGCGACUGGGGUUGGCUUCUUUAACUUCUUUGAAGACUUUCUUCUCAGCUUUGUGGCUCUGGGCCAUGGACAACAACCAAAUGAGUGGUGACGGAGACCAGGGCAAGACUAAACCAAAUGUGAAACCUCAAUAUGAGCAAAAAGCCGUUGACCAACAGGGAGUGCCAGAGAAGCCUGAGAGAUUUGGGGUUCCCCUUCGGAGGAGCCGCAGCACUGACUCUGAGCGUCGGGGCAGGCAUAGGGAGCGAGAACGGGAACGUGGAGAAAGAAGAGAGCGGGGUCGAAGUGUAGAUGGCAGACACAGUGACCAGAGAAGGAAAAGGGACACAACAAAACAUUUUGAGGACUACCUGGAUGAGACAGAGUGUCCUGUGUGCUUCUGCUCUUAUGACAAUGUCUUUAAAACUCCAAAGCUGCUCCCAUGCGGCCACACAUUUUGCCUGGAAUGCCUGGCACGCAUUAACGUCUCUUCGGUGGAGAUAAAGAAGCUCUCUUGCCCUGUGUGCCGGGAGCUGACCGAAAUCCGGCAUGGUCGAGACCUCGCACGGCUUGGCAACAAUGAGGACGUUUUCCGCAAGCUGCCACCACAGAUGCAACAGGCGCAGUCCGUGAAAUUUGAACGCAGUAAAGGCAAACUGGUCCUGAAGAGCCCUACUCUGGCAAGCUGCCUUUUCAAAAAGAGUGUUCAACCCGUGGGGGCUGUGGAAGAAGGUCUUUCGGGGGCUACAACGGUGAAUGUGGGCAGACCACCCAACAGGGUGAGAGGUCGCUUUGGAAGGAUGUUCCAAUCUGGUUACUACUACUAUGCUGUGGUGAUUUCUAUUGUUGUAAUUGCAAUAGCUUUAAUAGUAGUUGGCAUCUUGACCUUUGUGGUGAUGCCAAACAUUUUUUAUCAAAAGAGGCCAUAAGUAGGUUGAACUGAUUAAGAGACAGUAUGAGAGUAAACCCUGGCACAUUGUGUUACUACAAGCAAGGACACUCUUUUGGAACAAAAUUACUCCAACACAUGUCAGGGGACUAAAAUUUUUGCUUUCACCCCAAGUGGCCAAAGAGGCAAUUGUAAAAAGAAUGUAAAUUUUAUUGGUGUAAUGAACUGAAGAUUUUUGUAAAGGCUGCUCCUCAGUAGGAAUGUGAAUAUCAGUAUUCACUUA